UUGCCAGGCGCUGGGUCACUUGUGUGGGAAGUGCUGAAAUUUCAACGCGUCACAGCCGCGUUACGCACGGAUCACACGCAGAUUCUGAUCGCCGACGAGCUCGAGGGAACGACGCGUUUAACGGCGGCGCUUUAAGCCGAGAACUAGUCCUCUACUUGAUAACUCAGCAGCUAACUAACCACUCCAGCAGCAGUCCGUUAGCGAGCGUCACUCACACGUCCGCAUCUCAGGGCUCGGAUAUUAACACUUCCGAUCGAGCUGAUCGAUCAGCCAAUGAUCAUGGAGAGGAAGAAGACGGACUGUCCGGCGCUUCCACCCGGCUGGAAGAAGGAAGAAGUGAUCCGGAAGUCCGGGCUGAGCGCUGGGAAGAGUGAUGUGUAUUAUUACAGUCCCACAGGAAAGAAGUUCCGCAGUAAACCGCAGCUAUCCCGCUAUCUCGGGAACUCGGUGGAUCUGGGAUGUUUCGACUUCCGCACGGGCAAAAUGAUGCCCAGCAAGAUGCAGAAGAACAAGCAGAGACUGCGCAGCGACAACCUCAGCCUGAGCAAGGGGAAGCCGGAUCUGAACACGGCGCUGCCCAUCAGACAAACAGCCUCCAUCUUCAAACAGCCGGUCACUAAAGUGGUCAAUCAUCCCAACAACAAAGUCAAGACAGACCUCCAGAGAGCCACGGAGCAGCCGCGACAGGUGCCUCCAUCACUCAGAGUUUGCCGUUUUUGCUGUGGCGCAGGUAUGGGGCCGGACUCGGCGGACGAGACGCUUCUGUCGGCCAUCGCUAGCGCUCUGCACAUGAGCUCGGCACCCAUCACGGGUCAGACGUCCUCGGCGGCCGACAAGAACCCGAGCAUAUGGCUGAACACAUCGCAGCCGCUCUGCAAAGCCUUCACCGUCACAGACGACGACAUUCGGUAA